UGGCGGCAAUGAAAUCAUCAACAAACUUUCGGGAAGCUGCCGCCUGACGUGAAGUUUGUCUGGACUAAAAGAUGGUGGAGGGCCCGGGCUGCACGUUAAACGGAGAGAAAAUCCGGUCGAAAGUUAAGAUAGGACAGAAAGUAAAGGAGGUCAGGGGCAGUUUGGCAACUUCCACCAAAAACAGCUCUGGAUCAAAUACCUUCCACAGUUUUUCCGAUUGUCAGUACACGGGUGUGGAAACCCUUGGCAAGGAGCUCUUCAUGUACUUCGGUUCAAGAGCUUUAAGAGUCCACUUUGGUAUGAAUGGAUCGAUGCGUAUAAAUCCAGCUGAAAGGCAGAUCAGAACAGGGUCCACUCCCGUGCUAGAAAUUCACCUUACCAACGACAUUGUGAGCUUCUUCGACAGCGCUGUGGAAAUAAGGUUGACAGAGGACUGCCAGCAGAAAGUCAGGGCCAUGGAGAGUCUGGAUGUGUGCUCCUCCAAGUUUAGCUUCUCACGCUCUGAGGAGGCAGUGAGGAGCCAACGUAGCAGGAUGCUCUGUGACGUUCUCCUAGACCAAGCUGUCAUGCCGGGAGUCGGCAACAUCAUUAAAAACGAAGCCCUGUUUGACUCAGGCCUCCACCCAGCCGUGAAGGUCCAGCAGCUGACAGAUGAGCAGAUCCACCAUGUGGUAAAGAUGACCCGCGAUUUUACUCUUCUGUUUUACAAGUGUCGCAAAUCUGGCUCUCCUCUCUACAAACAUUACAAAGUCUACAAGCUUCCCCAGUGUGGCCACUGCUCUCAUGUCAUCACCGUCUGUCGUCUUGGAGACAAUGGGAGGAUGACUUACUUCUGUGAGCGCUGUCAAAAAGGAGAUCCCAGAGGAAUUGACAUCAGUAAGCUUCCUCUUAGAAACAGUCUGAUCAGUUGGGCAUACAAUGAGCGAACCAGUGAUGAUGUGGCAAAGAAGGAGGAAGAGGACUGGGCUUGUCAACUCUGCACGCUCAUCAACCAGCCAGCAGCGAAAGCCUGUGAUGCCUGCCUCACUCCAAGACCCAAAGUCCACAAAGACAACAUUAGCAGUGAAGCAUCGCCCUUCACUGUUGAUUUAAUUAAAUACCCCUGCACCGCCUUCAAGAAGCCACAAGAGGAGCUCAAAGUCAACUGGAGGUCUGCAUUCGGGACUUCCACCCUUGUUUUCUCUGACAUGAGCAAGAAGCCAAAGCCUGUAAACUCCCCGCUCUCCCCAGCCAGCAGUCAUUUGAAUUCCUUGGCGGCAGAAGGUUUAUAUAAAAACAGCGUCUGCCAAGGGACAACAAGCCCCAAUUAUGCCUCUGGUGGCUGGCAGAAGCAAAGUGUCGAGCUCUCCAGUGGGGAAUCACUGGCCUCCUACAGUCACCCAUCCAAGAAAAUGAGAAUUGAUCACAGUCUCUUUCCCAGUAACAAUGCUCAAAAUGCAACCCCCAACUCAGGUGUGCGCAGAAUGGAGGCGGCAAGUCCCACAACUUCCAUUUCCUCCACUCCCAGCACCCCGUGUUGUGCAUCCCAUCGUCGUCCAGCUGUCCUCAGGGUGGUCCACAAGGAGGGGGGGAAUAAGGGACGGCAAUUUUAUGCCUGCUCGCUACCCAGAGAGACCAAGUGCAACUUCUUUGAGUGGGCAGAUUUGCACUUUCCUUUUUGUCACCAUGGGAAACGCUGUUUAAUGAGGACGGUUCUGAAGCUUGGACCCAACAAUGGCCGGAAUUUCUACACCUGCAGCUUUCAAAGGGGUAAACAAUGUGACUUUUUCCAGUGGGCAGAGAAUGGAGCAGGGGUUUCUAUCCUCCCUGGCUGCUAAUGGAUUACAACCAUACAAACACUGAUUUCUUUGAUUUUUUUUUUUUGGGGGGGGGGGCAAAGAUUAUAAAUGAUCAUCAGAAUUAAACAUGCAUUUUUAUUUACCUAAACACUUAAUUAAGCAUAUGGCCUCGAGAUUAUAAACUGGCACAUUGUGAAUAUCUAAUAAAGAUGCAAUCUGCA